GUGAGCGAACAGUGUUCCAGCAAUGCAGAGGAGUGAGGAGGUCCCUUUAGCUGUUGCAGCGAUUCUCUCCCUCUCUGCCGACAACACAACAUUGGCUCAUUACACCAGUUGAAGAAUAAGACACAGACACAUGGGGAGGAAGGGAAAAAUGAAAAAUGUCAACCAAUGCUGUAGAACACUGAUCUCAAGAGGGCUGGAUCACUCCCACUGGUUUUUCUGCCUAUCGGUGUGCACUGCCUGUGGGGUGGAACACAGCGGGGGAAGAUGCUCACACUGUCGCUGGCUAUUGUGUGGACAGAGGGGCUUCCUCAGAGUGGAUGAUAUGCAUUCAACAGACAUUUCCACCUGCGGAUGGAGGUCUAUGCUUUAUGCUUUUCAGCAAUGGAUUCUCUCAGAAGAGCUGCUGAGACUCUGACUUGUUAUAUAAUGGACCAAAGUGCCUUCUUUUCAUUUUUUCUUUGCGUUUGACUGAGAAGCUUUUACCUGUAUGUAAGCAGAGUGAGAGUAUAUAUCAAGUUGAAGCUUUUGCAUCCACACUGCUGAUAUCUUCAUAGAAAAUUUCCAUAUUUAGGCGUGUAGUAAUGGCUCGGAACCCCCAGUGUGUAUCGGGGAAUACCCUGCUGCUGAAUGUAAGCCAAGACAAAAAAUACCUGUCGAGGACAUACCAACAGUGGCCAUGAAAAAAAUUCAGACCAAAGAAAGAAUCAGAUUCCGAAACAACAGAAGAUGAAGGGGGAGACCAAUCUGAGACCAAAGAUAGCGGGGAUGUUGAGGACCAGGCUGUGCAUACAGUGAUGGACAAAGGUGCAGAGGAUGACAAUAGCACACAAGGACAUGAGGAUCACUCUAACAGACGCCAAUCAGAGGAUUUUUCAAGAGAAUCUCCCCCACAAGUCCUCCCACCCCCGUCGCCAAGACUGGUCAAACGUACCUCCACCUCUCCAAUGCCAAGUCGUUCUGGUUCAACUACUCCUCUCAGCUUGCGGAAGAAAGUUGUUGUGCCAACUGAAUAUCAAGACACAGUGCCUGGGGAAUUUGAAGAAAAGGUUAAGCAGCCAAAAUCUGUGUCCCAAAGUAACACUCAGGACUCCCGACCACAGACUCCACUAAGUGAGUACUCCCGGAAAGAAUUUACUCUUAGACCCUCGCCAAAGCUUACAAGGGCAAGCUCAAAGGUUUUUGAGAAGGUCCGUGACUUAGAGGAAAGGAGACGAAGUCUUGAUAUUCCAGAAGGUUCCAUUUCAGGAAGAUCCUGGGCAGGGUUCAAUCGUGCUGGGUCUGUAGAUUCAGAUGAUGGAGGAAGCCGGUUGGGAAUCUCGAGAGAAAGUUCAAGGGAAGAUCUUCGAGAGGCUCUGAAAGAGGAUGCUGCUGAACGGAGAUCUAUGUUUAGACAGAGAGCUGCCUCAUUGGAGGACAAACCUCGUUACUCCCAAAAAGUUCAGGACAUCGAGAAUAAGUUCACCGAGGAGCUCCAGCGCAUUAAGAAACUUGUCGGAAAACCUCAUCUGAAGAAAUCGUUUUCAACUGAACAGCUCACCCUAAAGAGCAAGCAACGCCAGCCUUUUAGGAAAAUUGAACCUAUUCCCCCACAAGUCCUACAAAAGCUCCAAGAAAGAGAACGUGUCCAGUGGGCAAAGGAACAGAGAGAAAAGGAAUUAAGUCAGCAACCAAUGCAGCAACAACAAACACAGCAAGAACAGCAUAAAUCCCCACCCCAAAAGACAGCUGGUUCAACAACUGUAACGGUUAGUAGAUUUGGAGAGGUUGCAGGUACCCCAGAGUCAAUGCAGUUAUCUGACUUACCUGGACAACGGUCAGUAAGAGAAUUAAAUAGAGUCAGUCCAGUUACAGAAAUCAUUCAGAGAUCAUCGUCACCAGCAUUUUAUCAUCAACAAAGGGAAGGUUCGCCAAGCAGAAAUGUUGCAGAAAUGACAUUACGUAAGGUUGAACGAAGGCCACCAAGUCCCCUUGUACAAAGAGUAUCUCGGAUGCAAGAAUCCCCACACAUCCAAGACUCUCUUGUGCCGACAACACAGAAGGAUGAGACUUCGGGGAGAAAGACGCCAAUAGAAGUAGUACUAAGAAAAAUUGAAAACAGACCUGAAAGUCCACUGGUACAAAAAAGGGCUAUCAUUGUGCAAGAUCUUUCUCCUCAGCUGCCUGCAAACCCCCCAAGAACACCAGUUACUCCAACAGAAGACAUCUUGGAAGUGGAGCUUUCUAAAGCAGCCUCUAAAAUACAAGUCCCUGCAAUUGUUGUUGAAGAUGAAAAAAUGGAAGAGGAUGUCCCUGCAAAAACAAGUGAGCCUCAUCAGAAGAGUACACGUGCCAAAGAGGGACAACAGCAGAAGCCCAAAGGGAAGAACCGCCGCCCUCGACCCUUGUCUCCAGAGUUAGAUUCUUCAGAUGAUUCUUAUGUGUCUGCUGGAGAAGACCCAAUGGAGGCUCCUGUGUUUGAGUUUCCCCUCCAGGACACUGUAGCAUCUGCUGGUGCAGAUGUGCUACUAAAGAGUAUAAUUGCUGGAACCCCUAUUCCUGAAGUUACUUGGAGUAAAGACAACACUGAAAUCACUGGAAUUGCAAAUUAUGCAGUCAAAGUGGAAGGUGAACGACAUACUCUGCUCAUCAAAUCAGCGAAAACAAGUGAUGGUGGAAAAUUCUGUGUAACUGCUGUUAAUCAGGUGGGCAAAGCCUCCAGCUGUGCCACACUUAUCGUCAAAGCAGAGUCUGUGCAAGAGUCAAAGGGAAACCUGGGUGUGCCGAUGGAUAUUAGCAGCCCUAUUACAUCUGAUGAAGAGUAUCUCAGUCCCCUGGAGGAAGCCAUGGAUUACGGAGGGCCAGAGCCAAGGCGAACUAUUGAUGCACGAUUCAGGAAACCCCCUGCAUUCCUGGUAACAAUGAGUGAUCAAGCUGUCAUUGAAGGACAGGAAGUCACCAUGUCUGUCCGAAUAAGUGGACAACCCAAACCCAUGCUCUAUUGGCUGAGAGACAGAGUCACAGUAAAAACAGGCCCACGUCAUGUCGUAUGUGAGACAGAAGACGGCACUUUUGUAAUGACAAUCAAGUCGGCAGUGAGGUCAGACUCUGGGAUUUACACUUGUAGGAUCAUUAAUGAGUAUGGGACAAAGCAGUGUGAAGGAAGGCUGGAGGUGAAAGCACCGCCAGUUGAGCCAGGUUUAGCUGUCAUCCGGCCGGUCAAGGACAUUACAGCCAAGGCUGGUGAUACAGUUUUGUUUGAGUGUCACGUCAUUGGACCUAAGGACACCGAUGUAGACUGGCUUGCAGAUGGGAAGCUGAUCCAGCCGGCAUUGCUCAACUGUAAGAUGCACUUUGAUGGAAGGAAGUGCCGACUGCUGCUCAACUCUGUACAUGAAGAUGACAGUGGGACAUACAUGUGCAAGCUCAGCACAGCCAAAGAGGAAGUGACUUCAUGUGGCAGACUUAAAGUCAAUCCCUCCUUGGAACCUCUCUUCACUCGCAAGUUAGAUGUUUUAGAAGUGAUUGAAGGGCGCAAUGCUCGAUUCGACUGCAAAGUCAGUGGAACGCCAUCUCCCAAGGUCAUCUGGAGUCACUUUGACCAUCCACUCAUAGAAAGUGAGGACAUUCGCAUUCUUCAGGAGGGCGGCCGCCAUUCUCUGAUCAUUUCUCAUGUGACCAACGAGGAUGAAGGUUUCUACACUGUCACAGCCCGCAACCCUCACGGCGAUGCAGAGAGCUCCGCUGAACUCUACAUACAAGAGCCAAGGCCAGCCAUCUCCUCACAGAUGGCGAAACUUGAGAAAAUGCCAUCCAUCCCAGAGGAGCCAGAGGUCCCAGAGAACGAGGUGGAGCGUUUCACCAUGCCUGACUUCAUCAAACCCCUUUAUGACCUGGAUGUGAUCGAAGGAAAGGAGGCUGUGCUCAAAUGCAAAGUGGCAGGUUUGCCUUACCCAACCAUCGUCUGGUUCCACAAUGGCAAAAGGAUUGAAAGCACAGAGGACAGAAAGAUGACACAGUUCCGUGAUGUCCACAGCCUGGUCAUCCGGUCUGUGUGUCAUGCUCACGGUGGCGUCUACAAGAGUGUCAUCUCGAACAAAGUAGGCAAGGCGACCUGCUAUGCUCACCUUUAUGUUACAGACAUCCUUCCUGAUCCGCCUGAUGGCACCCCAGUGAUAGAGUCCAUCACUGGUAAAACCAUUACCUUAAGCUGGAAGAAACCAAGGAGGCUGGACCCUUCCAUUGAUCCCAGCUCCCUGAUGUAUGCCAUCCAACAGCAAGCCCUCGGCUCCAUCCAGUGGAUCAUCAUCGCUUCUGGCCUGAAGGAAACCACCUACACCAUCAGCACUCUCUCCAAAGGUGUGCGCUAUGCUUUCAGGGUGCUGACAAUCACCUCCAAAGCCUUCAGCAAGCCCUCACCUGCCACCGAUCCAGUGCAGCUCCUGGACCGAGGACCCUACCUUCAGGAGGCUCCAGUGAUUAUUGAUAAGCCAGAAAUUGUAUAUGUAAUGGAAAAUCAGUCAGUGACAGUCCCUGUUACUCUCAAUCAUGUCAACGCUUCAGUCAUCUGGAAAAGGAGAGGAGUGAUCCUGGCCAGCAAGCCAGGCCUGUACGAGAUGACAAUGCCAGAUGAUGACCAACACACACUCAAGCUGCUGAAAGUGAAGAGCACCGACAUCGGAGAAAUUUUGUUUGUGGCCUCCAACAAGUAUGGCAAUGACAGCUGCACCUUUAAUGUGGAGAUGGCAGCACCGCCAACAUUUGAGACCAUUAUGGAAGACUUGGAUGUUUGUGCCGGGGAGACUCCUCGCUUUGCUGUGGUUGUGGAGGGCAAACCUAUUCCUGAUAUCCUCUGGUUCAAGAAUGACAUCCUGCUGUCGGAGAGCAGUCAUUACACAUUUGUGUACGAUGAUAAUGAAUGUUCCCUGGUGGUCCUAAAUGCUCGUCCAGAAGACUCCGGGGUGUACACUUGCACUGCUAGGAACUUAGCAGGAUCUGUGUCCUGUAAAGCUGAACUCACCAUUCAUGAAGCUAAAAGUAAAGAAGAUCCGAUGGAUGAUGAGCAGACUAUUCUCAGGAAAAUGCGCAGACUGACUGACUACUACGAUAUCCACAAGGAAAUUGGAAGAGGGGCAUUUUCCUAUGUGAAACGUGUGACCAAGAAGGCAAGCAAAAUAGAGUAUGCUGCAAAGUUUAUCUCCACACGGGCCAAGAAGAAGACAUCUGCUCUGAGGGAGAUGAACCUGCUUUCCAAGCUGGACCAAGAGAGAGUCCUUUACUUUCAAGAUGCCUUUGAGAAGAAGAAUGCAGUCAUCAUCAUCACUGAAAUAUGCCACGAGGAGCUGCUUGACAGAUUUACAAGGAAAUUCACAGUAAUGGAGUCUGAUGUACGCUCAUGUAUAAGACAGCUGCUUGAGGGAGUGGACUACCUUCAUCAUCUAAACAUUAUACACCUGGACAUCAAGCCUGAAAACAUCCUCAUGGCAGACCCCCAUGGUGAUCAGAUCCGGAUCUGUGAUUUUGGUAAUGCCAUAGAGCUCACACCGGAUGAAGCUCAAUACUGCAAAUACGGCACACCUGAAUUUGUUGCACCAGAAAUUGUCAAUCAAACUCCCGUGUCAAAAGCAACGGACAUAUGGCCAGUUGGAGUUAUAGCAUAUCUGUGUCUGACAGGAGUUUCUCCAUUUGCUGGGGAGAAUGAUCGCAGCUCUGUGCUGAACAUCAGGAACUACAAUGUGGCCUUUGAGGAGAGCAUGUUUUCUGACCUUUGCCGAGAGGCUAAAGGUUUCAUCAUAAAGCUGCUGGUAGCUGACAGGCUGAGACCCGAUACGCAGGAAUGUCUCAGACACCCCUGGUUCAAGACACUUAGUAAGGGGAAGGCCAUCGGUACGGAGGCUUUAAAGAAGUUUGUAUCUCGCAGAAAAUGGCAGCGUUCUCUAAUCAGCUAUAAAUCCAAAAUGGUCAUGAGGUCCAUACCUGAGUUGCUGAAUGAUUCCUCCAGCCACAUCUCCAUCGCAGUUCCUAGGCACCUUAAAGAGGGUUCACCUGUCCCAUCGUCAUCCUCUGAUUCUGAUGAAGACAUUGAUGAACUUCCAUUUAUCCCAAUGCCACUUAACAUGGAAUUUUCAGGAUCAAGGAUGUCAUUAAAUGACAUUCAGACCAGUGAACAGGAAACAGGGAAGCCGAAUGAAACAAACAAAUGGUCUGGACCUCCUGUUCAGGCCCAAGAGCCAGUGGAAUGUGACCCUAAAGAAAAAGACAAGGAAGGAAUUGAACUGGCAGGUAAAAGCCGCCAAAGAAAAAGAUCAUCACAAGACAAUGACAAGGGUUCCUCAGACGAAGAAUCCCCUGCUGAGCUGCCCCAAAAGUCAGAGCUGACUAGAAAACCAUUGAGAAGGGGUUCAAGUAUGGAAUCUGACAAACCAGAAAGUGGACGACGCAGGGGAGAGCUAAGACGUGGCGGAUCAGCUGACAGUGCAUUGUUGCUCCGGAUCACGCCUGAGGAAGGAGCUGCAGAGGGAAACCAGGAGGAUGGCAGGAGAGUUCUCAAGAAAGCUGUCUCUAUGGAACUACCAAGGAGGAGCACCAGCCCAGGGACUGCCAAGAUGAGUCAAGAAGACUAUGCUCUGAAACUGGAGCUAAUGAGACAGCGACUGCUUCGUGGUGGCUCUGUGGACAACAAGAUGAGUGGACUGAGAGGACCUCUGUUGGAAACAUUAGGGAUGGGAGAUGAAAACCGUGCGAUAUCCUCCGAUCGCUACUCUCGUACCGCUCGUUUGGGCCCACCGCCACUCACUAGAGCUGCAUCCAGUGAUUUCCCAAGGGAUGAAGUUCCCAAACCUAAAGUUUUACGCAAAAGUACUUCUUUCAGUCAGGGGGAUUCAGAACCUAUAGCUUUACACCGUCGGUCAGGAGCUCCUCUGGAGAUUCCCUUGGCACAGGUUGAAGAGAGAAGGCUCAAGGAAGCCAUAUCUAUGUCUGCUCUAACGGAGCAAACUAAGUUUGACUCUCGCCCAGUGACUCCAAGGGAACCGUCACCAAAACCGCCAACUCCAGAGUCUGUUAUGCAGGAAAGUCCUACCAAAACAGAGAGUGUGGAAUCCUUAAUGGAGAAGGAGACAAGGACUGAUGAUACUAUAAAUGAAAAGAUGGAUGGGCUCACUACAGACAGUAACUUUGAUGAGAGAUCCAGCACUAGUGGUUUCUCUGAGAAAGACAUGAGUAUUUCAGAAGAACCAAUGAUUGAAUCAGAGUCUAUGGGCCAGAGAAUUCCUACACCUCCUCUUAUGGUCCAAAGCUCUAAACAAGAAGAGAAAAUGGAAGAGGAUGAAGAGGGAGAAAGGGAGAAAGAAGAAAUAGAGUUUAUGAAAGAAGAAGAAGAAAGAGUUGACAGCAUUGAUGAAUCAAAUAAAGAAAAUGUAGAGGUUUCUGUAGAACAUGUAGAAGAGAAAGUAAAUGUCCCUGUGAAAUCUUCUGAGAUGACCAUAUCCACAAGCUCAGUUAUGGUGAGGCCAACACAAGAAUAUACCCCUCCACAAGGGAAUGUUGUCUCAACAUAUGUAACACCCUCACCUGCUUCUAAAGUUGUUCUUCCUGAUGGAAGAACUUCAGCAUAUGCCAGUAUUAUGCAGACCAUCAUGGUCCCUUCACUUCAGCCUUUUAAUGACCCACCUUUGGGCCCCUCUACACCUGUUGUAGUUCCAGCAGCUUCAUCAUCCUUAGUAUCAACGGACACAUCUUCACCGACUGGCUUAUCCUCUGAUUACCCUGGUCCAUCGAAACCAGUCAUCGUGUCAACCACGGAGCACCCUGCUGUAUACUCUAGGGUAGCAUCACCAGAAAUGAUUACAAAAGAACCCAGUCCACCAAAGGAUAUCACACAUUCCUCAUUACAACAAGAGCUCUCAGCAGGAGCUGACUUUGAGGAUAUUACGUCUGAAGAGGUCUUUGAAGCCCGCUUCAAGAAACGUGAAUCUUCUCUUUCAAGAAGUCUAAAAUUUCUGUCACGGUCAAAGAAUGAUGAUAGAAUACAAGCUACUUCAUCAGAUUCUGCAGAGCCAAGUGAAGAGAUAUACAGACCAAGGCCAAUUGGUGCACCAUUGGAAUUUGCACCAAGGAGACUUGAAGAGAAGUCAAAGUCAGUCCAGGACCUGCGUGAAGCUCAAAAGGACCAAGGCUUUAUGAGAAGACUCUCUAUGCGAUUGAAGAGAACUCCAUCGACAGAGCGCAAGGAUGAAAUAACAAAAGAAGAAGAUUCAGUCGCUUCAAGGCGUAGGCUUUCUUGGACUCUUGGCAGAAGAGGGUCUCAGGAGAAGAAAGAUCUAGAGAUGACACGAACAGAUGGUGGAGGUGAUAAAAUGGUGGAACAGGAUGAAAAGGAGCUGAAGAAGCCUAAUGAAUCACCAGUGUUGGCCAUGCGCAGGAAGAUUGAAUCAACAGUGGCUGAGAUCUCCACAAGAAUUCGAAGCUACUCAGAGGAAAGGAGAGCAUCAGAGGAAAAAGACACAAAGAGGACACCCAUUCUUUCCAUGCUUCGUCGUUCAACAUCAGAGAGCCGUGCCAUGAAGGGUACCAGUGUUCCUCAAAACCAGCUGGCGUCUCAGGCCAGUAAUGGUGCCUCAUCAGAGUCUAUAGACUCUAUGUCCAGCCUUAAAUCAGAUACAUUAAAGGGUGUGGAAGUUGAGCGCAGGUCCCGCUGGGAUCGCUGGGGCCUGACUAGAGGAAGGCGAGAUAAGACAGUGUCACAGCCUGACAUACCAACAGCCAUCUCUAGAGAGAGCAGCUCCUUACGUUCACGCCAGUACUCCAGACUGGCAUCUGAUUUCCCUCCAGUAUUCCAUAUUAAGCUGAGAGAUCAUGUCUUGCUGGAGGGAGAUCCAGUGACUCUGAGCUGUCUACCAGCAGGAAGCCCCCACCCACACAUCACCUGGGUUAAAGACAAGAAGCCCCUUGAGAUUGAUGCCAGGAUGAAUAUGAUCGCCUGUCCUGAUGGCCGACAGCUACUGAUGAUCAUGCAGACCACCAAAAAGGAUGCAGGGGUCUAUGAAUGCGUUGCUACAAACCCACUGGCUGCUGUGUCCAGCUCUUGUACAAUAUCACUUGCUCGCCUGCCAAAUCGUCCUGGGACCCCUGAGAUUCCUCAGAAGUAUAACAACACAGCGUUGGUAGUGUGGAGACCCUCAGAUACCAUGGCCCCUUGCACAUACUCUCUGGAGAGGAGAGCAGAGGGUGAGACCAACUGGCUGAUCGUGGCCACUGGUGUGGCAGACUGUUACUAUAAUGUGACUGAUUUGCCAGCUGGGGGCUCCUUCAGGUUCAGAGUGGCAUGUGUGAACAAAGCUGGCCAGGGCCCAUACAGCAACCUCUCAGAUGUCGUGAGCUUGGAUGCCUCAGAACCAGCUAAAUCUACUGCUACUGUAGUGGUCAAGACUGUUCCUGCAACUACACCUCCUCCCCCCGUGGUAAUGAUGUCAUCCAUGAAAGUGCCUCCCAUUAAGCCAGCUCCGACUAAAUCCACUACUGUGUCAAUUGCCCCAUCUGCCCCUCCCUCAACUUCUGCUCCUGCUCCAUCAAUGGCUAAAUCUGCCUCUCCAGUAACCAUCAAACCUGCUGUGCAGGUUGAUCCCAGCCACCCUGCUGUUACUCCCCCUGCUGCUACUACAUCCUCCACUGAACAAGCUCCUGUUCAGGCCCCGACAACUGUUCAACCUACGCCAGCCAAAGCCAAGACCACCAUUAGCAUCAGUGUAAGCAAACCCCAGACAAAGCUGACACCUCCGCCUGUUGUUCCACCCAAACCUCAGAGUCCUGCACACACAGUUCCUCCUAAAUCCAGCACCCCUCCUUCUUCUGUGCCACCAUCUGCACCUGUCAUCGGGAAACCUAUUUCAUCCGUACCGAUGUACGUGCCAGCUGCAACAGCUCGCGUUACUCCGCCUUCUCAAUCUCCUUCCACCCCGACAACUACCACCACCUCAGUCGCUCCUGUAACCAUCUCCCCACCUGUGGUGGUGGUGCAGAGCUUGACACCAGUGCUGCAGGCAGGGGACAGCCGCAGUACUCCGUCUGGACGGGUCACACCGUCAGGACGGGCCACACCUUCAGGACGCAGGACACCACUGGGCAAGCCUGGAGAUGGAUCUCUGCGCCAGGGAGUUCCACAGAAACCUUAUACAUUCAUGGAUGAGAAAGCCAGGGGUCGGUUUGGUGUGAUCCGUGAGUGUCGGGAGAACGCCACAGGGAACCUCUUCAUGGCUAAGAUUGUUCCAUACGAGGCGGACAGCAAGCAGGCGGUGCUGCAGGAAUACGACAUCCUCAAGUCUCUUCACCAUGACAGGAUCAUGGCUCUGCAUGAAGCUUAUGUCACACCACGCUACCUGGUCCUCAUCUCUGAGUACUGCAGUGGGAAGGAGCUGCUCUACAGUCUCAUAGACAGGUUCCGUUACUCAGAGGAUGACGUGGUGACCUAUAUCGUGCAGAUCCUCCAAGGUCUGGACUACCUUCACACUCGACGCAUCCUCCACCUGGAUAUCAAGCCGGAGAAUGUCAUUGUCACCUACAUGAACAUCAUCAAGAUCAUUGACUUUGGCAGUGCUCAGACAUACAACCCUCUCUUCCUCAAGCAGUUCAGCCCUCCUAUUGGAACACUGGAAUAUAUGUCUCCAGAGAUGCUAAAAGGGGAUGUUGUUGGCCCUCCAGCUGACAUCUGGAGCGUGGGCGUACUGACUUUCAUCAUGUUGAGUGGCAGGUCGCCUUUCAUGGAAAACGAUCCCCAGGAGACUGAAGCCAGGAUCCAGGCGGCAAAGUUUGACCUCUCUAAACUCUACCAGAAUGUGUCCCAAAGUGCCUCUCUGUUCCUCAAAAAGAUCCUCUGUAGCUACCCUUGGGCCCGUCCAUCCAUCAAGGACUGCUUCAGUAACUCCUGGCUUCAAGAUGCCUACCUGAUGCGCCUUCGGAGGCAAACUCUCACCUUUACAACAACCCGUCUCAAGGAAUUCUUGGCCGACCAGCAGCGUAGGCGAGUGGAAGCGGCCACCAAGCACAAAGUUCUCCUGCGCUCCUACCAGAGCUCGCCACAAACCCCCACCAGCCCCACCACGCUAAGCGUGCCAACAUCACCCACCACACCUGUCACCCAGUGAAAACAGGCUUACAAACACCAGUUGGCAGGACUUUGUGGGGCAGGGUGGGCGAAACGAACAUCCUCAGAGCGGGACAAGACUUUAGGCCACGAGGUGGGGUGAUGCCUUCAGGUCUGAGUUGUCGAACUUGGUCAGAAGAACAGAAACUCUUGAAACCAGCAGUGGCUGAGAUCUACAGAUACAUCAUUUCUUUUUCUUUUGUGGUUCUGAAAGAGGAUCUUAAAAAAAAUGCUUUCAUGCAGAAGGGAACUCUUACAAAGAUGCAAGAGCCUGACUGCAUUUUAUAAAGCGUGAACCUUGUUCAUACAAGGCUGGAAGUUGUCUUCAAGUUAGUACCUCAAGGUUUGUAACUUUGCAUACAUUUUGGAUUAAUUACAUCCUUUCUUACUGUUACCUCUACACUGAUGAGAGAGGACACUCUAAUAUAGUGUAGUAACCCAUCACGAAAGGCCUAAAGUUGCAGUUAUAGAGUAUUGAUGUAAAGUUUUGUUUAAGAGAAGAAUUAAAGAGUUAAUUAAAUUCCAAAAUAGUCCUUAGCACAACUUCACGACAAGAAGUGCUCUACAGAACUCAAUGUAAAUUCUGAAACAACUGAUGCCUUUGUCAUUGGAGCACCUCUCUUAUCUCAGUCUCAUAUUCAGUUUUCUAUUCAAAUGUUUCCUGACCAGCUAAAUGACCAGAAUUUCAUCCUGUGAUGUCUAAUUCUGAGUCCUUGAGUUACAGCAACCUAGAAUGGUAAAUAUCGCUCUUCAUAAACCCAUAAACUGAAUCCAUCUUUUACUAAAGUAGUGUGCUUUGUGCUACGUGGGUUUUUAUACUGCUGUAGCACCUCAGUGAUUGUCAAGAUUGUAGCAGUUCUAGAGAGGACUUUUGUUUUGAUUGUUUUUUAGUUAUCGAAUUCAGAAGAUACACCAAGGGCUAUUAGGGUAGAACAGUUUAAAUCUGUGCAUUUUCCCUCGUGUUAUUAAACAGGAUAGUAAUGAAUCUGAAAUCUCAAAAUCACAAUUUAUUUUUAAGAUUUUUUUACUAGAUUGUCAUCUUUGAGCUUCCAUUCAAAACAAUUUUUUCUCCCAGUGACACAGUGGGCAGCAUAAUUGUGUCCCUGCAGGGCUCCCAGACACUGGUUCCUUCACCACAGAUAAGCUAGAAACCUGCUCACUGGCUUCCACUUAAACUCAACUCUUCCUCUCAGAACAGCGUAGUUAUUUCAGCCAUGCAGAGAUAUUUAUUUGCUCAUCUCUGAGGUGUAAAAAAACAGGUCUACAAGUUUUCAGAGUAGGUCCAUGGCUGCGCAUGAAGGAGUUUAACUGAGACACUAAUUAAAUGGAAGUUUAUUCAGGGGAUUAGUGGUAAACUGAAUCACUUUGUGAACCCCCUGGAGACGUUGGGGUGCCUCUAAGUGCCGUUAAGGAGCAUUGUCAGCAUAAAACCAGCUGAGAAAGACACUGCUGAGUGUAUUAUUUUAGCUGUCAUUUUCAAUUGCUAACAGCGACUGCUUUGAAAAGGGCGUUUGCUUUAUUUGUAUUGAUAAAUUACAGUUAAAUGGCAGUAACUUACAGAAAUUGAAUAUAGUUACAUUUAGAAUUCUUCUAAUUAGCAUUAGAUUGCCAAAGGUAAUUUAUUCCCCAUAAUUUAGUGUCAUAUUUUAGUUUCUAGGCCAUACAAGCUAGCUAGACAGCAUACACAAUGAUCCAAACAUAAGUUUAAUAUAGAACAGCAGCCCCUCAGACCUUAAAACAGAUUGAAUAAUAAACGUUUAAAUCUAAGACAAUCCUUUGCAACUCUAGGAAACACUUCUUACUCCAUGCUCUAUGUAUAAGAUAUAUUUAGGUAAAUUAAUCAAAAGUUUUUGUUCAUCAUAAAGAGAACGUAAAUGGAAGAAGCAUGACUCCUUAACUAUUCAGAGAAAAUACGAAAUAUUCGAGAACUCCAACUGCAGACCUCCCUCCUGAGGCUCAGGAUAUGUGAGCAGAAUGAGUAGUUUUCUGUUAUACGAUGUAAACUUCACCUUAGCAAUCCAUCAAAGUGUGUUUCUGAGCAAAUUUGAGGCAAGAAAUAAUCAUUCCAUCUGUUGGAUCUUCCCUCACAUUAGUCUACGCGGUCAAAUUGAAAAGCUUGUUCUAAAUCUUGUAAGGGAACGGCUCGACUUUCUUCUCUUGCUUGUGGGGGAACAACAAAGCAGAAGGGUAAAGCCCCAAACAGCUACACAGGCAAGAUUCUAUCAGACUAACUAUACCAGGCCACACUGAAAUUGGUAUUUUUUUUAAAAAUCUGAUGGGGUUUACGGAAGUGGAGACAUAACGAUCAGGUGUUUCAGAGCUUAUACUUCCCAUGUAGUUUGAAAAUUACUGGAAAGUUACUCAUCCUCCCACCAGCAGGGGGCGAUAAUACCUGUAUCAGCGAGGUCUGAAGUGCUGCAGUUGGACACUCUUGAAAUAUCCCCCAGUAUUUAUUUUGACAUCUGUCCUCUGCCAUAUUUAAGAGUAUAUUCUACUGCAUCAACUAUCAAUUUUUGAUCUGCUCUGAUCACAUAAAGAAAUGAUUUUAUAUACAGUAUAUUGCUUUCCCUUUAAAGGGCAAAUCCAGUUUUCAGACCAGCAUGUAAAUCAUCAGAUUUGUGAUGCUGUUGCUGCCACAUGCGUUGAUAUCGAGCACAGAUUUGCACACUUAACACUCAAAGCAUAAUGCCUGCGGACAGUCUGGAUUACCCUAAAGAAAUAUUCAGGAGAUUCGAGGAGUCACAAAUAGACACUGAUGAGUUUUUUGGGUGAUUUGAAGCUGCAUCAUACAUCGAAUCUUGAGUUCUUUUAAUAUGUGUAUUGACUUACAGAGGUUGUUGGUAAUGCUAUGAAAUUAUUUUAGUAGUUCAAUAUAUUCUAACGCUAUUGCUAGAUAAAUACUGCCCUUUUUUCUGCAGCUCUUUGUCUUUUUUUGGCUCAGUCAUUUUCCUAUGCAGAGUAGAAGUGAACUAAUCACAGAGGGAGCUGUUUUAAACUGGAAUGAAAACAUGCAAGAUCAGCAUGAGAAUGCCAUGUUGCAUUCAAUUCUAAAUGUCUGUGCAAUAUCUUCUUUAGUCAUAUGAAAUGAAAUGGUAACUGUUUGUAUGCAGACAACAGGGUUUUGAAAAAAGAUGUUGAACGCUCCACAUUUUGUAUUAAAAUCCUAUGCCGUAUUCUUGUGGAAUGUGUUGCAGUGCCUCGUGAUGGAUAUUAGACCCACAGAGAAAAUAGUUUGUUAAAUGAAUGACUAGUUCUUUAUUUUGACUCUAUGAAUGUGACUGCUUUGUGUGUGUGUGUUUCGCAAACUGUUUAUUUAUUGGGUGACUGUGUUUGUUACCGCUUCUGCUUUUUAUUUGUGAAAUUUCUGAAUCUGGCAUGGAAAAGGCAUGACAGGUGUUAAGGUUAUGAACAAUAAAAGGAAAUAUGACAAAAUA